CCUUCCUCGGGCGCGCUUCCUGGGAGCUCCUCUGGUCCGGGUGCUUGUGCUGAGUGUGGAUGUUCUGCCCUCCCACUCUCCCCCCCUGCACACGCGAAGCCAGCGCCACGAGUCCUGCCGCCCCCCCGCCUGCUCUCGAGCGCAUGACUGGCGCCUCCGAGCUCCUCCGAGGUCUCGAGCUCUCGCCUCCAAGAGCGAGUGGAAGUGGAGAGCCCCUGGUGCCCCCUGGAGCUUCGGAGAGCCUCUCUGGGGGACACCCUGCAGCUUCUUCGGGGGGGGGGGGUUUGGUUUGUGGGGCGUCCUCGGGCGAUGGGCGCCUCGGCUCUCCGCCGCUCGCUGUGGGCGGCAGCGCUGCUCGCCGCGCCGGCGGCCGCGGCCGGGCGAGGCCGCCUGGGCGCCGCGGCGUCUUUGCUCUUCUGGCUUCGGGGACAUCGGCCUGGGCACCCCAGAGCAGCGGGUCGCGGUGGUCUUCGACACCGGCUCCUCGGACCUCUGGGUGGCGCCCUUCCACCCGAGCAGGUCCAUCACGUCAGGGGUCGGGAGCCAGCGCUCCGCCAGGAUAAAGUACGCCAUCGGAGUCGUGCAGGGCCCGGUCGUGACAGACCGUCUCGACAUCGGGGGUUGCGUGGUGCCUGCGCAGGAGUUCGUCCUCGCCAGUGAGAUCGGCCAGAUGGACAACCGGUACUUCGACGGGGUGCUCGGGCUGGCAUUCCCUCGCCUGAGCCACACGGGCACGACGCCGCUGGCGCAGCUCGGGGCUCAGGCUGGCGUGCACGCCUUCACCGUCCUGAUCGAGAGCGAGGGCCAGGACUCCAGAAUAAUUUUCGGCGAGCCUGGCCACCAGAUUCGCGAGGGCCUCGUGUACGCGCCAGUGGUUCAGCAGGAGUGGUGGACGCUCGAGGGGUCCAUUGCCAUUGGCAGCACGUCUUUGUGCGACAGGAGCUACCUGGCUCUGGACACGGGGACCUCGUACAUCCUGUUGCCCUCCACGUACUUUCGGGCGCUCAUGCGCCAGCUGCUUCCCCCCGAACAGCUCGAUGAGUGUCGCCAGAGCGGCCUCGGCCAGUGGGGAUGCCCCUGCGACUUCCGCCACUCGGCGCAGGUGGUAUACAUCCUGGUCGGCGAGAGCAGGUUCCCCUUGUUCCCCGAGGACCUCUUCCGCGAGGUCACGGGCGUCUUGGGGGCCGACGGCGCGGCCUGGUGCGACCUGGAAGUGCAGCCCGGCAGCGGCGCGCUGCCGCUCAUCCUCGGGGACACGUUCCUGCGCACCGUCGUGGCGCACUUCGACGCGGGCAACGCCUCCGUGGGGCUCAAGAGCCGCGCGGACCACCGGCCCCCCUCGCAGCACGCGCGGGCGCUCUUGGAGGCGGACGCGGGGCGCCCGCGCACGGCGCCGCUGCUGCCGCCCCACGUCGUCUCCUCCUGGGCGGUCCGGUGGCCCGCGUGGGAGCUGCUGCUUGCCAGCGCCGCGUGCGGCGGCCUCCUGGGCCUCCUGGCGGCCCCGCUGCUCCUCCGGCUGCCGGCCUGCUGCGAGCGGUGCCGCUCCAGGCGCGCGCCGGCGGGGCCGGGGCUCGCGCCCCUGCUGCCCCCGGCGUGAGCCCGCGCCUCGGCAAGCGUCUUGGGAGGCAGGUCUUGUCGCGUCGGCGGCGAGCGAGGGGACUUCUCUGGGAUGUCUGUCGCCUGCCCAUAAAGCCCCUGUGCACGACGCUGCGAGCUUUGCUCAAGGUUUGCCCGGCGCAGCGCUCCUGGGGCGGGGCGCAGCGACGGGCGAGCCCCCAGGCUCGGCGCAGCCCUCGGUCGACGAGGUCUGCGCACGUCCGCGCCGCCCCUGGCUGGGCCCAUCCCGAGGCCAGAGGGGGUGUGCGCGCCCUCCUGCCGGCGGCGCGCCCGGUGGGGAGUGAGGAGGAGAAGGCUUUCUCAGAAGGCGGCGGG